CUUAAAAUGAAUAGUGCGCCAUCUUGAACGCAUUUGCGCGGGACCUCGUAGCAAUGACCGAGCUGUCGGCGUACGAAGAAGAGCGGAGCGCCAAGAUCGCACGGAACAAGGCGAUGAUGGAAUCUCUGGGGAUAGAAGCGAAGAAAGAUACCGCACGACAGAAGGGUUCUUGGGUAAAGAAGGUCAUUGACGGGCCGCUGAGGAGGUCGAGUAGAGCGACGGUAGCAAGGGCACGGCUCAGCGACGACGUGCCCCCAAAAGCGGUCAAAAAACGUCGAUCUCUACAUGACAAGAAUACCCACGAAAGACAAGAGAAUCAGGUAAUCAUUCCGGCGGCGCGGUCAGCCAACUUAAUGCAGCGAAACCAGAUCGCAUCGCCCAAUCCAAAAAUUGCCGCCGUCGACAUGGUAGAAACGGCGCGGAAACAACAAUCCCUCAAGCCGUACUCUGUGAUUCUCGACGGCGUGCCACCGCACACGAUCGUGACCGAGCCCCUUGUGACGGGCCAUUCAUGCAAGGAACUGUCCCUCCAAGUUCCUUCGGACGAGUACGUCGGGCACGCGUUGUACCCCGUGGGGAAACUCGCGACCAUGAUGUGGCUGUGUCCUGGGUACCAUCCCCGGUUCUCGUUGCUGCAGAGCCAUCAAGUGUGGGCCAACGCGAUGGUAAUAUUCAUCAAUGUCGACUUGAAUGACAGAUACACCAACACAUUCGAACGCGAGGGGUCGUCCCUCUUCGUGUACUGGUUUGCCCGGGUAUGACAUCUUUGAAUCAUCAUUGUGGCAUUAUUCGUGGUGAUAUGUGGGUAGAACUCCCUCACGGAAGGGCACCCCGUGCUGCAGCAACUCAUCCAUGGACCUCAUUCCAACGCAGCAUCGCCCCCCGCCGCCAAAGAUGGCGUGGCAUCACCACCGAAUCACGACAAGCCCAGUCUGCUCUUCUUUCGAUUUGCACAGGGGCCAUAUGUAUAUGGGGGUCGACUGGGGUAUGUCCAGCACGACAUGGAAGGACAUCCAUCGAUCCGGUUCAAGUUUGAGCUGUUGGAUGCCGCGGCCUUUGGACAGCCGCUAAACGCGCUGCUUGACAUGGACUCUGUAGCAAAAGGAGUAACCGAAUGAACGUCGCCAUGGUAUGGGAUGCAUAUUAACGAUUAACGACCGAGUUGUGCUUGCGCAGCAGCACUACCCGCGCUUUCCGCCGCGUUCUUUUGCAUUUGCGUUUGGAUGGCGGCAAUGUUCUGUCGGAUCUUGACAGCUUCCUCUUCCUUGGCAGUCAAUUUCUUCUCCACCUUUUCCAUUUCCUUCUGGAUGAACUCCAAACGCUUCGACACGUUGGUCUUGGCUUCCGCCGUGUCUUGUUUGAGCAACACAGGGCCGAUCAACUUAAACACCUUGGACCCGUCCGCGAGCAAGUCCAAUUCUUGCUUCACCAUGCUGUUCUCGUUCUGCUGCUGGGCGUAGAGCUGUCGUUGGUUCGCCAGCACUGUCACCUACCUCAUGGUUAUCAACUAAUUCGUUACCUCAUGUGAUCUACCUCUUCUUGGAGCGCGCGAUAUGCCGCCAUUUCCGCAUCUGCUUGCUGUGCCAGCGCCAUUCUUUUCCCGUGAUUGAGACCCUGCCACACGAACGAAGGUUUAGUCCUAAAACGUUAUUGGCUUUUAUCUAAUU